AUGCUCCUGGACCGCCUUGACGUCAAGCCCCGAGGAGCGAGCGCACCGCUGGAGGCGGGCGGGGGGCGUGGGUGCGGACGUCAGGAACGGUGCGGGGCGGUUGAAAGUGGAAAUGAAAGAAUCAUCAUGAAAAACAUCUCAAAGAGAAAAGAAGAUAUUAAAAAAAAAAUAUCAGAAGAGUUAGAUAAUGUUGCAGUAGAAGAAAAUGUAGACAAGCCUGUCCAAAAAGAUUUAGAUGCAGAAGAAAAUCAAAACAUAAUAGAAACAUUGAGAGGCAAAGUAAGAGAAAAGCUAAAAAAUGCUAAGAUUAAUCAAGGUGAAAAGUCUUCAAGUCAGCUGCUCAUUGAUAAUAAGAUAUAUCAACAGUCGAAGGUUAACCCACAGACUGCAGUCACGUUGGAUGAAGAUCUUUCAUUUUUCAUUCUGAGUGGUGAAGAGGGCUCAGCUUUGGGCCAGUCUUCAGAGCAGAACUUCUCUGAGGGCCAAGAUGAAGAUUUUAUGGAAGAAGUAAUUUUUCCAGAUUUACUUGAAAUAAAAGCUGCUGAAUAUGAAGACUAUAGAGAACGCAUCAAAAAACAACAGGCAAAUAUUUUUGUGCCAAGUAGUUCUCCAGUGGUCAACCAGCGUAAACUGCCAAAAGAUAUGAUGCCACGCAUUUUGGAAGAUGAAGGAUUCUAUAUUCAGAGAAAGCCAGAAAUAUAUAAAAAGACCUGCAACAAAAUGGAAAAUCGUCUGCUUAAACUAGAAGAGGGAAAGUGUUGGUUUGAAGAAAGUGGAGAGAUAAUGUCAUUACCGUCGCCUAUUAGACAGUCAUGGAAUUUUAGAGUCAACUUAAGCAAGGAAACUUUCAAUCCAGCACUGAAGACCAUAUAUAAGAAGGCAGUGAAAUCUGAUCUAGAAAGCUCUAUUAGGAACAAAAUGGAAGGUCAAAGGGAAUUCUAUCAAUUAGAUCUCAACAUUGUGGGUUUGCAGUUCAGCCAUCAUCCUCUCUUCAAUCAAGAACAAGUAUUAUGUGCUAGGCUGCUCCAACUUUAUGAGCGCUUCCAGGACAGGCAGCAACAGAAUUUACCUCAGCUGCUUUCUGAGAAGCUUAAAGCACUGACAAAUGCUACCAAAUUAGCAAAUGAAAAUUUGGAAAUAAGCCAGCUGACCAGAAAGUCUUUACAAGAUUAUUAUUGGCAGAUAAGUAAUACAAAACAGCUCUAUGACUUAGAAAGGGAAAAGGACUUCUCUCUACUGCACAGUAUGUUACGGACUUGGAAACAGAUAAAAUCCCUUCGACAACGGCAAGGGUUUACAAGCACCCCAAUAAAGUUACAGUUUCAGAGGAUAAGAAUGAAUAAACGUGAUGAGGAAGAACUGUCAGGAAUGUCUGAGACUGAGAAGAAAAUGGAAGGAAAAGUUUUCAAGAAUGGGGAAAAGCAGGAGAGCCUCUCAUAUUUAGCUUCAGAACUUGAAGAAACAGAUAUUGAAAGAAGAAAGCCAGUUACCUUGAUGCCACAACUUUCUUUCACUGCAGAAUUAACAAACUUUUCCAAGUGUUCGAUGCAUGAACAAAAGAGGAGAGCCAAAAUUCAGAAGCUUAAAUAUUUUAUUAAAAUAUGGUACAACGAUAAACAGGUUUCUCGUACUUCAGUAUCUUCCCUACAGUGUGAUUUUAAAGUCAUGUUUCAGCAAAUUUUCAAUAUUCAGUUAAUAUGUUGGCCUGAAACAAUUUGCUUGGAGGUUUAUGAAAUAAGUAAAAGGACACGCUUACUGGCAAAACUAUAUAUACCUUUACCUAACAACACAGAGCUGAAAAGCAAAACUGUUUUGGAAUAUGUAGAAUUUAGCUCUGAUGAGCUGGUCAUACCUGCUUAUGGAGGAGUAGGAAGCAAUGUGCCCUUUCUUCUUGAGGGAAACGGAACUGAAGAACUUUGUCUUUUGACAUCAGGAAAACUAAGCUAUUCUCUAUCAUGGGCCUUAGAUGAAAAUGGUAUUCCUCUGACACCUAUGUCACAGUCAUUAAGAUCUGCUUACUGCAGUGUGUUAAGGAAUGUAGAUGCCAGAAGUGUUCCUGGUAUUCCAUGUCUUGUUAAUGCACAGAAGCUUUUUGAAUGGGCAAAUGAAGUCAAAAUUGACCCAAAUAAUCCAGAAUAUUCUGAUUUAAUGGAAUUUAUUAUGUAUAUGAAACAUAAAGGGCAGGAUAUUCCAAAGUAUUUUCGUCUUGAACAGUUGCAAGAUGAGUUUAACUUGGUUUCUGAAGAGGAGAUGAAAAAAAGUAAACGUUUCCAGCUAUUGCAACUUAGAAAUGCAGGUCAAUUAGAUGUUUUCCUUCUGCAGCAAAUGCCCCUCUAUGAUAGAGAGAUUCCAGAUUUAGUCUUCCAGGAAUAUGAAAGUCAGAUAGAGAAGGAUAUGUCCAUUUCAGAUGUGAAUUCUAUUACUGCGCAAAGGAUUAAUUCUGCCAAUUUUCUGAAAAAGAUGAGAAGGUUGGUAAUGAAAAGAAUUGUCAAAGUUAGCAAAUUUAACUUAUCAGACGUUGUGGCUGAUUAUGAAGAAAUUGUAUCUGCAAGCCAGUUGACACAUGCCAUUUGUAAGCUUGUUGAACGACGAAGAAAGUUAAAGCCGUGGAGGAAAGAAAGGAAAAAAGUGGCAGCACAGACUGUCUGUGAUGGAGAUAUUAAGAUUCUUGUCAGAAUACUGAGGGCUUAUAAUAUUCCUACCAGGAAAACAACAGUUAGUAGAGCCUUGGAUAUGCCAACUUAUUUGAUGUCACCAAUGUCUCACCUCAGACAUAAAGAAACAAUCCAAUCAGUAGCCUCAGAUGAGAUCUUAAAUGAGGAUACUGUACACCCUUUUGUGGAAGUUUCCUUUCAACACACUGUGUACCAAACCAGUACUGCAAGUGGAUCUCAUCCAUGCUGGAACGAAGAAAUUAAAGUAGAUUUUAUCUCGCCAGGACGUGAUUAUAGCUUCUCAAGCUUAUCUAAAAUAAAAGAUAACAUUUAUAUCAACAUUUUUGAUGAAAUGAUUGUUGAAAAACAUGAGAAUGACUGUUUCAAGAGCUGCAGUGGUCAUUCAUAUAUAAGAAAGAAUUGGCUUGGAUCCAUUGUCUUCCCUUUCUCUGCUCUUCUGCAACAAUCUGAGGUUAGUGGAACAUUUCAAGUAAAUAUUCCACCAGUUUUGCUUGGGUAUACUUGGCGUAAGACUUAUGUGUCUCCUAAAGAAGAUUAUAAUGGGCAGAAUUUAAGAGAAUGUGCCUUCUUAAAUAUUUUUGCUACCAUUGAACCUCAAAUAUCGUAUGUCACCUGUAAUCCAGAACUAGACAAGUUUUCAGAUCAAAUUGAUGUUUUGGAGAGAGCACGGAUUUUUAAGAGAAAUUGUAAGGCACUGUUUCCCAAGCGAAGAAUCAUAACUACGGUUUUUAAUGAUGAAGGGAUACAGAUCUUAGUAACAAGAUAUAUCAAGGCAUUAAAUCCACCUCAACAACUCCUGGAUAUAUUUCUUCAUGAUUCGAACGCAACACUUGACCUCAUUGCUCGCUUUGUAUCUUUGAUUCCUAUUAUGCCUGAUACACUGGAUGAAAAUGAUGGUUUUGAUAUAUGGAUGACAUCAGAGCGCUGCAUCAGCUUGGCUAUUGGAAACAAGGAGGAGCAUGCCAUACUUCUCUGUAAUUUCUUUCUGUAUUUUGGAAAGAAAGCUUUGGUCCUCCUGGGAACCUCAAUGUUGGAAGGGCAUGUGGCUUAUGUAUUAACUCAAGAAACUGAUGAAUAUUUGCUUUGGAAUCCAUUGACUGGGCAAUGUCAUAAGCAGUUUGACUCAUUUUGUCCCUUACAAAGUGUAGACUGUUUGUUUGAUGAUGGAAAUGUCUGGUUUAAUAUUCAACGAAAUAAUACACCAGUGGCUGUACAUUUUGACUAUUCAAAGGAAAGUUUCUGGAAACAGUUGCUUCCAAAAAGUUUUCAAGGGACAAAAGCACAAAGCAUACAGCCUGAAGAAAUAAUUUAUUCUGAUACUAAUAAAAGCAUGGUAGAAGAUCUGAAGAACAGGAUUGAAAGGACUCUGAAAUGUAAAAUAAUGGAAUGGCGACCCAAACAGCCAACACGUUGGAAUCGGCAAUGUACUUUUAUUUUACAACAAAUCCUUCCUAAGCUAGAACUUGGUGCUGGAAGCUUGGUUUUAUCUGAAGAAAAGAGUGAAUUUGAAAGACUACUACAAUUUUAUUGGGUCGCAGGAUUUCCUAUCCAGAUGCCGUACACUGAUGUACAGUCAGUUAUUGAUGCCGUAUAUCAAACUGGCAUUCACUCCUCUGAAUUUCCCCAGACAGAAUUUGCUCUAGCUGUAUACAUUCACCCAUAUCCAAACAACAUAUUAUCUGUGUGGGUCUAUUUGGCUUCCUUAGCUCGACAUCAGUGA